UCUAGCGUCUGUAUUUUCAGGUUCCAUAGUGUGGGUUCGGUGUGUGUGAUGCAUGUGUGCGUUGGGCGUGUGUGAAAGAGUUUGUAGUGUGGUUGUAAACGUUCCCAGCUCGGAUACUGUCACCGCCUUGCACCGCAGGCAGGCGCCGUGUUCCUACAUGCAAGUUACCUUAGCGGCUCCACAAUCGUUGGCCAGCAAUGACCGAAAGCCCCAGCACCAAGCCAGCGAACGGGGAUGUGUGUCAGCGUGUGAAGAACGGACUGAAGCCGGAGAGAAACGGCUUGGCGAAGAGCCUCUACCGCUGCCAUGAGAAGAAGUCCAAGCACCACGGCCAGCCCGAGGAGGAGGUCAAUGCAACAUCGCAUCAUGGCGUCCCGUACAGUCGGCCCUUUGUUGAGUCUUACGAGCAGACGCCCAUGCUGCCAGCCGUCUUCACCUACAUGAGCUACGGCAUUCUGACCAUCUUCGGCUACCUGCGAGACUUUCUCCGUUACUGGAAGAUCGAAAGAUGCAACAUCGCCGGGGAGAAGGAGGAACAGAGGGACUUUGUGCCCCUCUACCAGGAUUUCGAGAACUUUUACACCAGAAACAUCUACAUCCGUAUCAGAGACAACUGGAACCGGCCCCUAUGCGGCGUGCCAGGGGCCACAAUGGACUUGUUGGAGAGGACGUCCCCUGACUACAACUGGACUUUCGCUCAAUCAGGCCGGGUGUUGCAGGAUGUGAUUAACUUGGGCUCCUAUAAUUACCUGGGCUUCGCUGAGAACAAGGGUUCGUGUGCUGACGCUGCAGCCGAGAUCACCAAGAAGUACGGCGUGGGAGUCGCGAGUACCAGACAAGAGCUUGGUACGAACACAUGCCAAAAUACAGACUUACCCUCCAUGAGCUUUGCAAUUACUGGAAUACAGAAAUAAUGUGCAGGGGUGAAAUCACUACUUUAAAUAAAGCA